CGUAUCGCGACACACAAUCCAGCUCUGGGACCCUCUUCGACGCCUCGAACCGCGACUCCUCCGGUUUUUCGGCCAACACGAUCACGUCCCGCGGAUCAUACUCGUUCAAACAUCACGCAGCGAUCGGAUCGGUGCAAGCUCCGCUCGUAACGUCACAGAUGCUGUCGACAAGGACCCGAGGACUCGAUGAGUUAACAGUGUCGAGGACGAGAUUCUCUUGGAAAACGUCUUUUUAUUUGAAGACUCCGUGUUAGAACUCGAGAGAGAAAGAGAGAGAGAGAGAAGAGAGAGAGAGAGAAGAGAGAGAGAGAGGACGAGGUGUUUGAGGUGAAUACCGUUGUAAGAUCGUUGGUGUGCGAUUGUAUCGGGACGAGAGUUAUCGAGCAAGAUUUGUUAGGUGAUCCAUGUCAUCUCGCGUCAGCUGGAUGAUCGAGAAUUCCCGUAGAAGUUUCAUUGGAGCUUGAUGGAAGGAGGAGUUUAAAGAUGGAAGACUUCUCGUAGAAGAAUGACUAAUUGCUGUGAAUAAGGAGGGCUCGUGAAGAAAGUUUGAGGACAUUGUUCGAGUAAGUGACGCGUAACGGAUACUUGUUUCUUGCCCGUCGAUCAGCUGGUUCGACGAAACUUUCGUAUACGCUUCAAUUUUGAUCGGAAAUUCACGUCUGCGAUCUUCGGAAACUGUCGGGCAUGUGCAUCUGCCUCGAGGGCAAAUCUAAGGAUCGAACAGGUCGACCGAACUUUCAACGACUCGCCACCAAAAUUCACGAGAACCUACAGAUAUCAAUGGAAACGGGCAAGCUCCGCCACGUACGUCUCGAACAGUGCGUUUAUUAACCGAACAACGAUAUAAUUCAACAAGUGUUUGCGAACGAAAGUGCCAAAGCAAGAACAGAAACCUCAAAGACUCGUUGUCGGUCUGAUGUUUCCAAAGUGUCGUCGACGAAUAUUAUCCGCUCGUCCAAGUAUAUAUUAUCGAAAGUAAUAAAUAACAUACGACGAGAAACUGGUGUCAGUGUUAAACGAGGGCACGAGUAAAUCAUCGUUGUGUCAGUGAUCGGGGAGACUGUAGGGGAACGGUUGGCGGGAAGAGAACGUUUGGGGUAGAUCGUGGAUCUCGCGAGCGCGUCGCACGGUAAAGGGGUUCGGAAGGUCGACGGUGAUCCGCGAGGGUGCGGAGGUAAUCGGGAAAGUGUUGUUCAGCCACGAGUCCAGGAUUCUCACCCCCGGAGGCGGUACCAUUUCACCCGGGGGCGCGGGGCCGCCCGCGAGCCCUUCUUCGGGACACUAUCAUCCACCUACGCAUAGUCCACCCCUGGUCAAGAUUGGAUCAGUUCACACUCACCAGCCGAACAAUAACCACCACCACACGCAUCAUCAGCAACAGCAGCAGCAGCAGCAGCAGCAACAACAACAACAGCAGCAGCAGCAGCAGCAACAGCAGUCGAGUCAACCGCAGGUGCCAGGGGCAGGAGGAGGUGGAGGGCCGGGGGGUGGGACGGUGGCCAGGCCAGGCGGCAUGUUCUGCUACCACUGCCCCCCGGGUCUCCCAACGCCACGGUUACCACCCACCCUCGAGUACCCAUUCGCUGCCACUCACCCUUACACUAGUUACUCCGCGUAUCAUCCGGCCUUGCACGGAGUCGGCGAGGAUUCUUUCGUGAGACGAAAGCAAAGGAGGAACAGAACCACGUUCACUCUUCAACAACUAGAGGAACUGGAGUCAGCGUUUGCGCAGACACAUUAUCCGGAUGUCUUCACGAGAGAGGAUCUGGCGAUGAAGAUUAACCUCACCGAGGCCAGGGUUCAGGUAUGGUUUCAAAAUCGUAGAGCAAAGUGGAGGAAAAGCGAACGUUUGAAGGAGGAACAGAGAAAAAGGGAAGGUAGCGGGGGAGGUGGUGCAUUGGAAACGACAGGCCUGGCACCGCCAACGUCUUCGUCGGCAGGUCCAAGUCCCACAGGACACGACCCUGAAGGAACAACAAGCAGCAGCGCCCCUGACGCGGAGGACGCCGGCCCAGAUGGAGCUGGCGGAUCGAGGAGCCCCAGCACGACAUCCGCGUCGGUCAGUCCGCGGCCUCAGCAGAGUCAGCCGUCCUUGGGUGGCGUCUCGACGCCACCGCCAACCCCCAUAAGGGCGCCACCGCCACCACCUAGCACCAUGGGGGGUCUCGGCCCACCCGGCGAGAGCGGCCCAGGGUUGGCGGCGGGUUUCAGGCCAGUCGAACCACCCACGUCUCUGUUCUUCUCUCCGCACUUGGCAGCGCAAUUUUCUCCGCCACUCUUCGGUAACAAGGUGGUCAGUAGCGCGCCAACAUCGCUAACCUCGACGACUCCGUCGCUCUGGACCUCGAGCGAUCAUCGACCUGGAAGCUUGCAGGACAUGUUGUCCUGGUCUCCGGCCGGAUGGCCAGGUUCCCUGUGUGGCUGCUGCAAGCCUGGAACCGGGGAUCUCCACAGGAACAGCAGCCUGGCCGAGUUAAGAAGAAAAGCUCAGGAGCACUCGACCGCUUCCGCGCUUCUCGGUGGGCUGGCCGGUUUUCCUGGGGGUUUGCCGUUGCCGUUGCCCCUGCCGUUGCUGCCGCCGUUGUUGGGGCUGUCCAGGAGGCCUGAACACCAUCAUCAUCAUCUACCGAGCAUGGUGCACCAGAUACAGCCGACCACGAAAGAGGAUCCCUAGGAUCGCGUGCAGCGCUCGCCUGACGGGCUCGUCGCCCCUUGACACUGGGCAUGGCACGUAUUUGUUUCAAGACGUUGGUUCAUGUUUCUCCUAUUCUCUUACGGUUUCGCUUCGGUUUCGUUUAAGAAUGACGAUAUUAGGGGAACGGUUAGAGAAUUUCUCAAGAAAAGGCCUCGAGGUUUGAAAACUGAUGAUUUCUUGCGUCGGAUUGCGGAUCUAUUUGUUUAACGGGAAAUUUAUUCGUUUCGAUCUAAACGUCGUUCCUUCAGAAAGUUACUUGGUGUUCGAUCAAAAGAUGAAAACAAGCUGAUAAUCAAACGACUUUAAAGAACUGAAUGAUCUGUUUGAAGCGAAAUUUGCCGAAAGUAGAUUAAACGAAAGUACAAUGAAAGCCGAAGCUUUCGAAACUUCUUUUACCUCGUUUCUCGUUUAGUUAUAGAAAAGAUUAAAAGAUAUAAUUCUAAUGUAACUAAUUAAAAUUUACGUCCACGAUAACGAAAAAUCAAACUAGGAUACACGCGGUUAGACGACACAAUCAUUAGACGAUUUAUAUAUUCUUUCAAACAUAAUUUUUCGUCCCUUGUCUCGCGUGAACGCAGUUUUGCCUUAACGAAAGAAGAUCGCAUGAUCAACGAAAGUCUAAGAUCGCGUGACAAAUUUUACUUUUAUCGAAACUUUUACGGCCAUCUGUAGAUAAUUCACAAAUUGCAGUGGACUGUCGCCAAUAAAUAGACUACGAACGAUGAAUUGAUCACCAACGCUGUACGACUAAGUAGUCGUUUUCCUGGUUCAAAUAUGAGAACGGAUCGUCGAUCGCAAUGGACCAACACGUGCCUGAUGCGCUCUAUACUUAAUUGUCCGACAGGCGAAAUCAAGUGUUUCGAUCUGCGCAGGAACGUUCGAAUAUCCGUUGUCGGUCAUUUUUGAACUAAUUUGAUUUGUAAACGAAAUGGAUAUCCGUAUUACUGUGAUGACAAAGAAAUUCUGUAGUUGCAAAGUAAGUAAUAGAUAUUUAAUAUCGUUAUAGACGUAACAUUUCGGUGGGAUUUUUAAUCGGCCAAUUAGAAUUCACGAUUUCAUGAAAUGAGAUAUCAUUGCUUAUAAACUUAAUCGAAUAGUUGAUUAUCGGUCAAUCCGGCGAUUUUAUUUUCCGUUCUUAGUAUGCUAUAUUUUAAAAAUUAUGCUUCUCUUGACUCUAAGAGGAGGAAACACGAAUUAAUUUGUAUUCCGUGAUAGGAUAAUUUCUAUUAUCACCCUUAAAUCGAAUCUAUGACAAUUUUCUUGAAUUAUAUGAUUACUCUAUCGCAUUAUUCAAAUAAUACGGAUAUCCGUAUUAUCCGAGUAACACGGAUAUCCGCUUUACUCGCGCGACACAAGCACGCGCCUCAGAUAAUGUUUCUAUCACUUAACAAGAAACGAAAAGAGAAAAAAAAGAAAGCCGAGAAGAAACUAGCUCCGCCUCGUUCCUCGAUAUAUUCGAGGAUAAUCGAAUGCACAGAUACGGGGAUGUCCGUCACCUUAAAUAACAAAGUGUCCGGAACACUUUGAAUCUGUUCGUUAGAGAGAAUUAAUUUUUCAGGUAAAGCAAACUGUGAAAGUUUCAGCCGUUUUCCCAAUCCCUUUAUUAUCCAAGAAGAAAGAUGAAAUCUUUAAUCUUUGCUCUAAUUACGGAAUUCUUUGCAUUAUAGAAAGGGAUAACGAUAUUGGAUCAAGUAAUAGAUUGAAUAACCAAGUAUUUGAAGAGUGUAAAACAAUUUCAAUCUGUUUUUGUGAUAAAAUAAAAUGGAUAAAAAUUAUAAGUUGGCCGUUUUCGUCACUUUGGUGAUUCGAGUGUUAAAAGGAAAGUCGAAGGUCUCCUGUUAUUCCUGAUCAAAUUAAGGGUGAGACGAGCAUCCUCUAAAAUCACGUUAUGAUUUUAAAAGAUGGACACGUUAACCACGAGUCGACGGCUAUUCGUACAUGCCUUAAGAUAAUUUCCAUCGACGUAAUGAUAUAAUUUUAGGAAAGUCAAGGGAGUGAAAUCGCUGUACGAGUGCUAUCCAUCGUAGAGAUACGAGCCAAUGGUGUGUGUAUAUAUGCACGGGAAAUAACGAUAUAAGAGACGACAGUCCCCUAAACAGUCACAGAUGCUAUGUUCAUUUUAAUCGUCUCUACGAUUCGUGCUCGUGAUUAGUUAAGAAUCGUUUCGAUUGCGUUCAACAGUACGAUCAACGUUCGUUUCUUUUGGAUUACGAAGGCGUGGUAUAACGACAUAACGACGAAAGACACGUAGAUACUAGUAGAGACCUGUAUAUUAAAUCCCGGUGAAUUGUCAGUGCUAAUCAAGGAUAAUCUAAUAAACAAUAUGUUACAAACUAGCAACUAUCAUGUAGCUUGAACUGGAUUAUAGUGAAUUAUUCGAAUAAACAUGUUCUCUCGUGAUAAAA